AAACAAAAUGGCCGCUUUUGUAACUUAUUUCUUAAUUAAUUUAAUAAUAAGUAUUGAAUUAGAAGCUGUACAAGACAAUUGGUCUUAUGAAGGCCUAACAGGUCCAAAACACUGGAAGAAAUAUUAUCCUGCUUGUGGAAGAGGAGAUCAAUCACCUAUUGAUAUUUUUAAAAAAGGUAUAAAAACAAUACUUAGAAGAAAAACUUCACCAUUAACUUAUAACCAUUACGAAAACUACGUGACUCAUGGAAUUAUGAAAAAUGUUGGUUCUACUGUAACAUUGCAUAUUAAAGAUAUCAAGCCAUCAAUUACCUUCGAAACCCAUUUUAAGGUAACAUUUAAUUUCGAAGAAAUAAGAUUUCAUUGGGGAGAUACAAACAGUAAAGGUACAGAACAUGUCUUUGAUGGAGAACAUUUUGCUUUAGAGAUGCAAUUAAUUCAUUACGACAACAGAUUUGAAAGUUAUGAUGUAGCUAAAGUGAAUGGAUCCAAUAUCGCUAUUCUUGCAGUAUUAUAUGAGGCUUCCACUAAAGAAAAUAAACAUCUAACUUCUAUUAUCGAAACAUUAGACGAGAUUACGUAUGUUAAUCAAGAAGCUAGAUUAAAGUAUGCCAUGAAAUUACGCGAUAUGCUACCCUCCUCUCUCGAUUUUAUUAGAUACGACGGUAGCUUGACAAUACCUCCUUGUACGUCGGGAGUAUCCUGGUGGAUUUAUCGAGAUUUGCAUCAUAUAAGCGACUUUCAGAUUAGUAAAUUUCGAAAAUUAUCAAUGACGAAAUUUAACCUUUCUACAAAUGCUUGGGGUAAUAUCAGACCAUUAACUGGAAGGUUUCUAAGAAAAGUCGAGGUUUAUUCCACCAGCAGUUUUAACUAUCCAAUGAUUAUUCUUCAUGUUUUAAUAUCAUCGAACUUAUUCAUUUUUUAUUCAAAUGUUUCAUAACUUUAUUAUUUGAACUUGAUAAUGUUUUUAAUACAUUUAUUCAUUCAACUAGA